AUGGCUCGCUUUCGAAUCAGUUCUGCGUCGUCUUCGUCUGUGAAAACACCAGUCUUGACACGAGAGCAGGAAGUGUUGCAACGAUUUUUGAUGGACUUCCAGUCCCGGUUUUGGUUCACCUAUCGCAAGGAUUUGGCGAGGAUUGAGCCAUCGUUCUAUUCUUGCGACUCGGGAUGGGGUUGCAUGAUGAGAACAGGCCAGAGUUUGUUGGCGCAGGGUUUCGUCCACAUAUUACUCGGAAGAGAAUGGAGGGUUCAUCUGUCGCAAACGUUGUACACCCAACGACGCUACACGGAGAUCCUGGACUGGUUCGUGGACGAGCCCGAUCGACCGUAUGGCAUUCAUCGGAUCGCCAAGGCUGGAUUGGCACUUGACAAGCGUAUCGGCGAGUGGUUUGGUCCUGCGACUGUCGCACAUGCUCUCAAGUAA